UCGGUCAGUCAGUCAGUCAGGUGAAGAGAGUGCAGCGCUCCACACUCAGCAGUUCUUCAUGAUGUUUGUCCACACAGACACAAAGUCUCCUACGUCUCCUCUCAGAGCCCUCAGUGUUCUGGUUUUCCUCCUCCUCCUGAUUCACCUGUGUACAGGUCAGUCUCUGAUUGGUUCAUCUCAGCCAAUAGUAGCAACACAUGGUGAUAACGUCACUUUACCAUGUCGUCUGGACCCUGCUGAGGAUGUUACUGACCUGACAGUGGAGUGGACCAGACCUGACCUGGACCCCAGGUUUGUCCAUGUGAGGCGUUCAGGUCAAGAGCUCGUCAGUAAAAAACAUCCAUGGUUCAGAGAGAGAACGUCACUGUUCAUUAAUGAACUGAAACAUGGAAACAUUUCACUGAAACUGUCCAGAGUCAAACUCUCUGAUCAGGGAACAUACAGGUGUUUCAUUCCAGGAAAGGAAAAACUAUCCUCUGUUCAACUAUUUGUUGCAUCAGAUGCUGUUUCCUCACCAGUCAUAACUUUAGCAGGGGUUGAUAAAACCACUGGAGGAGUGGUGUUACACUGCAGUUCCAGUAGAUGGCAUCCAGAGCCUGAGGUGUUGUGGCUGGACGGUGAGGGAAACCUCCUCUCUGCUGGACCUACAGAGACAGUCAGAGGUCCUGAUGACCUCUAUACUGUCAGCAGCAGAGUGACUGUGGAGAAGAGACACAGCAACAGCUUCACCUGUAGAGUCCAACAGAACAACAUCAACCAGACCACAGAGGCAGAGAUUCAUAUACAAGAUGAUUUCUUCAUCUUCCUGUCCAGUUCUAAUGUUCCCAUCAUCAUUGGUUGGGCUGUUAGUUUGGCUGUUUGCAUCAUUGUUAUUCUCUCACUUGUCUUUUUAUUCUUGAAGAGGAGACAAAACAAAACCAUAACCAAGAGAAGCCGGAGUGAAGAAACAGAGGAAGGAGAAAAGAAGAAAAGCUCUAAAAGAAACAAAAAUAAAGGUCCGGUUGUUGAUGAUCUGGAGACAAAGAGAACCACAUCACAGCAGAAUCCUCUGCUGUCUUUGGAUGGAGUACAGAGGAAGGAGGAGCCUGAGGAGGAAGUAGAAAGACUGAGGAAGCAGCUGGAGAACAAGGAAACAGAGUUUAAAGAAAAACAAACUGAACUGCACAAACUCAGGACUGAGAAUCAGAGGCUGAAGACUGACCUGCAGAACCUGGAGAACAAGCUGCAGAGAAAACAAACUGAUGCUGAGAGAGAAGAGAAGAGACUGAAGGAUCAGCUGGAGUCAAAGACAAAGAAGGUUAAAGACAGAGGAGCUGAAAUCCAGCAGCUCCAGGAUCAGAACAGAGACCUGCAGAGACUGAACCAGGAUCUGGAGAACAAGAACAAACAGCUGGAGAGAAACCAAACUGCUGCUGAGAGAGAAGAGGAGAGACUGAAGAGUCAGACAAAGCAGUCAGCAGGUAGAGUCUCAGAGUCUCAGUCCUCUCAGGUGAAGAGCAGCAGCUCAGUCAGUCAGAGUUCAACCAUCAUUGUGGAUGAAAUCGACCCUGAGGGCAAAUACAUCCAUCUGAGGAACCUGAGCUCUGAGGAUCAACCACUGGGAGGCUGGAGGAUGGAUGUAAAGGUCGAUGACAGAAAACACAUCAUGUACACAUUCAGACGCUUCACUCUCAGAGCUAAAGAGACUGUCACUAUCUGGGCUGCAGGUUGUGGUAAGUCCCUCAGUACCAAGACUGAGCUGGUGUGGGCUGGUCAGCCAUCCUGGGGAACUGGAAACCAAACAGUGGUCACCCUGUUCAAUGACUCCAGACAGGAAGUGACCAGGAGGACACGUACAGCCAGACAUUAAUCUGAAUCAGUGAACUGUGCUGUGACUUUAAAACACAUCAGAGCAGAACAACUGUUUUCUCCUGAAGAGUUGAACCACAUGAAAAACUGAAUUCAAUUUGGAGAAAAUGCGUCAGACCUGUUCUGUGAAUAUGACGUCAACACUUUAACAUUGUGUUUCACUGUGUAACAAUUCACACCUGCAGAGCUGUGACCCAGUUUUAUCUGUUAUUUCUUUUCAUUAUUUUCAUUUUUGUUGUUUUUGUAUCUGUAUAUUUUCCUGACAAACAACUCUUCAUUGAUCAGAAGAAUAAUUUAAUAAAAACAAAGGGUAAAAUAAAUCAAAUCAAAAUGUGAGCUGAGACCAGUUCAAAUGUUAUUUUCCUGUGCAAAAUGUCGGCCAGUGUUUAAACCUGUGAUGUGAUCGUGCAUCAACAGGAAAGUUUUACUGUCUCUAUAUAUAGAACUUAUUCAGAGCUAAUUCUUUAAAAAAAUAAAAUCUUGUCAAGUGUU